UUUCUCGAGUGAAAAAAACUCCGAUCGAACUCCGGUUUCGUUGUGAGUAGUCACCCAGACUCGUUAUUCACUGUCAACACUGCCGUCUUGCAGCCUAGUUGGAUGAGUGCUAGCCACCCCGAGAGGGCAAACGCUCUUGACAAAUUUCUUGGGAAGACCAGUACAUCCAGAAAAACAUUCAAGGCAAUAAUGCUGGGCUUCGACCGCGGCGAGUAUGCCGUUGCUCUCAUGGACAUACGAAACGACGUCAAAAAAAUCAGCUCCCUCGUUGGCGAUGCCAUGGAGCUUGCAGCAUUGAGGCGAGAACGGAGUCGCAGAGUCAACACGAAGUUCUGGUCCUCGAUUCGUCAGUACGCUGACAGUCUUUUCCAAUCGAUAAGGUGGCAAUGUGUUUGUGCCUCGGAUCAUACAGUCAACUUGCGCCUUCAGACCCGAGCAAAGAAGAAGCAAGAUGCAGAUGCUACAUAUCUCUUCGUAAUUCUCUUUGCGUUUUCGGGGAACCUGGGCCCCAAUAGCUCGCAGCCAUGGAUAUGGAGGCAGGCUCAGGUGCAACUUUUAGAUAUUCCACAGGCGCAGGUUAUUGGCUCCGUUCCCUUCGCCGGCAUUGGGCCACCUCCUUCACCAACCCCCGGUUCAAAAAUUGCUUCUCUAUGUGAAGCGCUCAGGCGCGCCAUGGUAACCAUUCGUUUCAUGUUCGUUUGUCGCCACGGAGCCUGAACCCUUGUUCUUUUAGUUUCUCGUCAUCUUCCUGGCGCCUGGUUUUCAUGAUAGGUUGCGAAGCAACGCCAAUCGAGCAUAGCGCAUGUCCUGUUCAUUUCUACAACUAACCUUAAAUGCUACAAAAGCUGUUGCAAACCUCGUUUCCUCCGCACCGGCGGGCCGCAUCAAGCAUCUUGACCCU